AUGGAGAGCAUUGACCCAAAAUCGGACCUUGCGACCAGGAGCACGGUGGCAAGGGAGCCCGAAUCAACCACAGAACCGACCGUGACGAUAACGAAGAGUGAAGACCUCAAGCAUCGCACCGAUAACCUCGAAUCGGCACCGACGCCACCGCCGGCGACAACUGAAAGCUUCCCUGGUAAACUCGAGGUACCCUCGCGACCUGGCACGAGCGCAGGCUUGAGAAAGAAGUCUGCACCGUUUCCCUCGGGUUAUGGAGCUUCUGCUCGUAGGCCCUCCGCGUUGGAGCGAUGGCAAACAGCGACUUAUACCAACAAGGGAGAGAGGGCCGAAUCGAUUCCGAGUAGAGCAUGGAUACCAUUAAUGGGUCAACUUGCUGGAGAUGGCGAUGAAUCAGAUUCGUCGACAGAAGACGAUUCUCUCGAUAACGUCGAGGCUGAGGAUGACGAGCUGGCAAAAUCUACCGAUGUGAAGAGCAUACGCAGCGCCGGCGCUGGCCCCAAAAGGAAAACUUUGAUGAGAAGAAUCCUCAUGAUGAACGAGCAUUGCAAAAGUACCGGUCGAGCAAGGACAGAUGGUCGAUUACGCAUUACAGUUCACGAGACUGCACACAAGGGCUACAUGGCAAAUGCGCUUGGAGCUGUUGCCCACAGCAUGCGACCCAAGAGGAGCAAGACUGGUAUCCCGUCCAAAGCAAUACCUUCAGCUCCUCUACCCCAACCGCAUCUAAAUAUUGUAGUCAUGGUUGUAGGAUCUCGUGGCGAUGUCCAGCCAUUUCUACGCAUUGGCAAGUAUCUCAAGGACGAGUUUGGACACCGCGUGCGCAUCGCCACGCACCCAACUUUCCGAGAUUUGGUCGAAAAGGACUCUGGGCUAGAGUUUUUCUCUGUUGGGGGAGACCCCUCGGAGCUAAUGGCCUUUAUGGUCAAGAACCCCGGCAUGAUUCCCACUCUCGAGACAGUCAAGGCUGGUGAAAUCGGAAGACGACGUGCAGCAAUGGCCGAAAUGUUUGAUGGUUUCUGGCGAGCAUGCAUCCAUGCCACGGAAGAUGAGAAGACGGACACCAAGUUUAAAUCAGCCGACGGAGGCGACGUUUUCAUUGCCGAUGCAAUAAUUGCCAAUCCACCAAGCUUUGCACAUAUUCACUGUGCCGAAGCUUUGGGCGUUCCACUACAUUUGGUGUUUACAUUCCCCUACACGCCAACACAAGCAUUCCCUCACCCCCUGGCGAGCAUUAAAAAGUCCAACGUCGACCAGGGAUACACCAACUUCAUCUCAUAUCCUUUGGUAGAGAUAAUGACUUGGCAAGGUUUGGGCGACCUCAUCAAUGACUUUCGUGUCAAUACUCUUGCUCUGGAUCCCGUUUCUACCUUGUGGGCACCUUGUGCGACCUACCGCAUGCAUGUUCCAUUUACGUACCUGUGGUCACCGGGUCUGGUACCAAAACCCGAGGAUUGGGGUGAGGAAAUCGAUGUGUCAGGAUUUGUUUUUCUAGAUUUGGCGUCCGCAUUUCAACCACCAACGGCUUUGGUCGACUUUCUAAAUGCAGGGGAGCCUCCCAUUUAUAUCGGGUUUGGCUCUAUCGUGGUGGAUGAUGCGGAGAGGUUCACAGAUAUGAUCUUUGAUGCCAUACAAAUGGCAGGCGUCCGGGCCCUUGUCUCGAGGGGAUGGGGUGGAUUUGGUCGAGACGAUGUCCCCGACAACAUCUUCAUGCUUGAUAACACACCUCACGACUGGCUCUUCCCGAAAAUCAAGGGCUGUGUCCACCAUGGUGGCGCCGGCACAACUGCUAUUGGGCUUAAGUGUGGCCUUCCUACCAUGAUUGUGCCAUUUUUCGGUGAUCAGUAUUUCUGGGGCAGUAUGGUGGGCAAAUCGGGCGCUGGCCCUGACCCUGUGCCGUACAAACAUCUCACAGCCGAAAAACUGGCCGAGGGUAUCACGUACCUGCUCACGGACGAGGCAAAGAGCGCUGCAGGUAAGAUUGCAGAGUCGAUCAAUCGUGAGGGAGACGGGGCCAUCAAUACGGUCGCCUCCUUCGAAAGGCAUUUGAAGAUGUACGGUCCCCCAACAAUGAGUUGCUCCAUCAUCAAGUCGGAGGCUGCUGUCUGGAAGGUCAAGGGCACGCAUUUGAGGCUUGGAGCGAUGACAGCCCAAAUUUUGGUCGACAGCGGGGAACUGAGUUGGAAGAACUUGCGGCUACUACGACACACCGAAUGGAACGACUUUGAAGGUCCCGGCGAACCUGUUACGGCUGUGGCCGAAUCGCUGAAGAAUUCAUUGAGAGACAUUUUUGGCGGUGUUGCAAGUGCUCCCAUUCGGCUCGGGAGAACAGCGAAACGCCGAGUGAAGCAUCGCAUAAGGAUGUCGGAGGAGAAGAGGCACAAAACGGGCGAAAAUUCUACUGGUAAAGAGGUCGACCAGAAAUCUGCACAAGCACCGCCGACGAAGAAGAGAGCGAAAAAGGUGAGGAAACAAUCACUUACACCAGUUCCUGGCCCGGAUCAGUACGCGACGGACAUCUCCAAGAGUUUCGGCCAGACGGCAUUGGCAAUAGCACGGGCCCCAACAAGUCUCAUUGUCGCUCUGGCCCAAGGCUUUCAUAAUGCUCCGAGGUUGUAUGGCGAUGAUACUGUUCGGCGGCCGACGCGAGUUUCCGGCAUCCGCUCUGGUCUGGUUGCCUCACGCAGAGAGUUUGUGUAUGGAUUUUACGACGGUGUUACUGGCGUCGUUCGCCUUCCUAUCCAGGGCGCAAAGAAUGAAGGGGCAAUCGGCUUCCUAAAAGGAACCGGUAUGGGGGUCAGCGGUCUUGUGCUCAAGUCGAUAUCGGCCAUUGUAGGGCCGCUUGGCUACAGCAUGCAAGGCGUAUUGAAGCAGGUGCAGCGCCGACGAAGCCCGCAAAAGUUUGUGCGGCGCGCUCGCAUUGCCCAAGGUCAAAGAGAUGUCGGCUCACUGGAUCAUGCUCGGCGAAAGUCGUUUCAGGAAGAGGCCCUGGCUGGAUGGCAGGUUAUGCAACAGUUGAGUCGGGCAAUUGCGGAUGAGGAAGACAAGAGAGGUAUUGCCGGUCAGCUCGAUAAAUUAUCUCUUGAUAUUGCUUUCCUAUUUGUCGACGUCGAUAGAGCAAAAACUUGCCUGAAUGAUUUGACAGCCGGGAAGAGCUUAGAAGACAUCAUGACUGGGUACAAAGAUUGGAAUGUCAAAUCAAUGGACCCAAUGACUGCGAAGAGAGGGACAUGGAGUAAUAAUAGAGCAUAA